GUUCUUUCAAACCCCAAAGCAACCCCUCUUGCCCCCCCCUCCAUUUUGGAGAAAACCUCAUUUUCCUCCUUCAUUUUCCGUAUAAACAAAUUUAGUUGAAACCUGCGAUCACGCGCAGUUUGCCAUUGCAAAUCAUGAGUUCGUUGGAAUCCGUAAAGCUGCUGUUGGCGGCGGCCGGCGGCGACACCGUCAAACUUUUCGACAUUUCAGUGGAGCCUCAAAACCCUUGCGUUCUCACCUACUCUCCAUCUCCGGGCGUCCACAUAAACUCUGUGAAGUGGAAUCACAACAAUUUGGUGUUGGCGACUGCCGGUGAAGAUAGUAAGAUAUCAUUAUGGAGGAAAAAUGGGCAAAGCUUGUGGACGGUACCAGCCAAAAAUGCUAGGGGAGAAACUGUCGAGCCAUCAGAGGCAAUAUCAAUGAUCAGCUUUAGCAACAAAGGGUCUAGAUAUCUCUGCUCUGGUGGAACCAGUCAAGUUGUACGAAUAUGGGAUUUGCAGAACAAGCGAUGCGUCAAAUGGCUGAAAGGUCAUACGGAUACUAUAACAGGUGUAAUGUACAACUGCAAAGAUGAGCACAUAGCUUCUGUUAGCCGUAAAGGGGAUCUUAUACUUCACAAUCUUGCUUCUGGUACUAGGGCUGCUGAACUCAGGGACCCGAAUGGACAGGUUUUGGGGGCACUUGAUUAUUCACGGAUGAGCAGGCACCUUUUAGUUACGGCUGGUGAUGAUGGGUCCAUCCACCUGUGGGAUACGACUGGUCGCAGCCCAAAGGUUUCUUGGUUGAAGCAGCAUUCUGCACCGACCUCUGGAGUUAGUUUCUCACCAUCAAAUGACAAGAUUGUUGCUAGCGUCGGUUUGGAUAUGAAGUUAUACACUUUUGACACAGGAUCCAGGAAGCCAUCUUCUUGCAUACCAUACGAGGCACCUUUUUCUUCAUUGGCUUUCACUGAUGAUGGAUUAACUUUGGCAGCCGGUACAGUCAGUGGUCAAAUUGUGUUCUAUGAUGUUCGUGGGAAGCCCCAACCGAUCACUGUUCUUCGUGCAUAUGGGAACUCGGAGGCUGUCACAAAUCUAUGCUGGCAGAGGUCAAAACCUGUGACAGUCAAUGAAAAUAAUUGCACAGAUGAGACUGUUCUUCUGGCUGGUGAUACAGGUGACUCAAUCCUUAUGCCCGACCCACUUCCUUCUAGGUCGUCGUCGAGCCUUUCAAUGCCCACAGCAGCAUCUGGAUCUCGGAAUCUUAGCCAUUCAGCUAUUUCUGGAGAUAUGUUUUCUACUUCAGCGGGUAAUUCAAAAUCAAGUGCUCCCAGUCUAUCUGCUUCAGAGGAAUCACCUGUUAGAAGCAGCUUAUUGACUGGUAGAACUCUAGGAAGACUGCAUGCACCUCGAAGUUAUAACUUCAAGGAUGAUAUGGAGGUGUUUUCGCCCCUUGUAGAAGUUCAACCAAUUACACCCACUCUUGAUAAAUUGUGGGAUAAUCAUGAUGCUUCAAAUAAAGAUCUGGAUAGAAAACCUUCUUUUCUUUUUUCUUCUCGGAGGUUUGGUUCUUCAGAGGAUGGGGCCAUUGACAAUCAUCCAGUUUCUGACUGGAAGCCCAAUUCAGCAUCCAAACAGGAUGAUGUCCAUUCAACCUUAUCUCCAUUGACAUCCAUACUUACUUCUACACGUGCUGAUGACUCUUCCUCCACUACACCACCUGAAGCUUGGGGUGGCCAGAGAUUAUCAGACAAAUUUAUUCACCAACGUCAAUCUAUAAACAUGCCUUCUCGUUUUGCAAUGAUGACAUCCUGCAGUUCAUCGUCAGGAUUAAUGUCGUCCGGAUUACAAGAUAGUCUCCCCACAAGUCAAAAUACAACCAGUUUAGUAUCAGGCCUGAGCCAGAUUAAUUUGCGUGGGAAAGAAAACUGCAAGCAAGAAAUUUCUUUAGGAUCUUCAGAAGCUGUUGUGUCUCCUUCUGUUACAAAAAGCAUUACAGGGCAAGCUAACCUUGAUACUCUUGGUCCAGCUCUGUCUCUCCCUAGAAGAUUCUCCAGCUAUGCUGAGAGAAUUGCGGCUACACCAUCCUUAAGUGAGACAACAUCUCUUUCUGUCGGGUCACCAAAAUCUAAGAAAACAGGAGCAGAAACAAGGGAAGAACUUCUAAAUAGCUUAUUGUCGAGGUCCGAAAUUCAAUCUGCCACAGGGACCAGUGCCCUCAUGACUACAAAUGGUGGUGUGACGCAGUCGCAGAAUAGUUUAUCACAGCCUGACUCACAGCAGGGAGCUUCUUUUACUCUUCAGCUAUUUCAGCGUACACUUGAAGAAACUCUUGCUUCAUUUCAGAAAUCUAUUCAUGAAGACAUGCGCAAUCUUCAUAUAGAAAUAUUAAGGCAAUUCCAUCUGCAGGAGAUGGAGGUGUCAAGUGUCAUGAGAUUGAUAUUGGAAAAUCAGGCUGAGAUCAUGAAAGAAAUUCAAUCGCUUCAAAAGGAAACACGGCAGCUUCGCCAGCUACUGUGAACACGGAUGGAUCCUGUCAUCAAGGUUCAUUUAUUAACUGCUCUUUCAGACAUUUAAUGUUCAUUUUGUAUAACAGGAGUUUAUUCUGACUUUUAGUGCAAUGGAGAACGGUGUACUUGUAGUUAGAAUUGGAUGUUCAUUCAUUUAUUCUUUUUGCACUAUAAGGUUAAGGGAGUAAUUUAUGCAGAAAGUAUUACCGAGUGUUACUUCUACAAGCUACGUUGUUAACAUGUACAGACAGAUUUCGACUUUGAGUGACCUAAAAUAUUCUGGUGUUUGUUUAUGUAUGGAUUUCUGACUACUUCUGUUAAUAUAGUCGCCUCAUAUUUUCAUAGUGCUA